AAAGUAGUCUCAAAAAAUAUCUUAAAAGACAUGUAUCUGAUAUUUUCUUAGCGCCAAUCCAAGCUUCACCGUGACUGAAGACGACCGGAUCAAAUCUCGGAACAUAAAAAGUCUCCUUCUUUCGGACAAUUAUUUCUCUUACUAAACAAACCCCAAAAUCUCAGUUUUAAAAAUUCCAAACCGGGCUCUCUUUCCAGAUCCUGAAUCUCUCUAACAUCUCCUCCUACAGAUCUGCUUAUAUGGCGGUUACUCACUGAUCCAGAGACGGCCAAAAAAAAGGAGAAACCUUUUCCGCUUCACACACACUUACAAUGGCGGAUCCACGAAACGGCAAGUCCUUCCUUCUCACCUUCUACUUUAUAAUCACCCUCACUCUUCUUUUCAUCGCGCCCUCGUAUACCAACGAAUCUCCGGCCAUCCUCGAAGAAACCGAUGUAGCUGUAUCGGUUACCGAAUCCACCCGAGAAGAUGCUCUACUGCAUAAGCUCGAGGAGCUCGUUAAGAAUCUGACGGAGAUCGUCUCUAAUCUAGAAGCUAAGUUAUCUGAUUCGAAGAACAACGAGAUCACUAAAUCAGAAGAUGAAGAAGUCGGAGGAAGAGGAGGAGGGAGAGCCAAGGCCUUCUCGGUGACAAAGUACAGUCCUUUCUGGUCGGAGAGAUUCUCCUUCACGUCGGCCGUGAAGCUCGAUUCAGACGCGACUUGCGUCAACGUGUUGCCCUUCAAGGACUUCGAAGGCUCCAGCAAGUACUUCGCCGUCGGGGACUCUAGAGGCAGAGUCUACGUGUUCCUGAGAAACGGCGACGUUUUGGUCGAGUUCUUCACCACGGUUGAUUCUCCCGUCACGGCUAUGGUUUCGUAUCUUUCCAUGUUCAAGAACUCGAGUUUCGUCGUCACUGGUCAUCAGAACGGCGCCGUUUUGUUCCACCGGAUCCACGAGGGAUCUAACGGGGAGGACUGGAACUCCAACUCCGUUUCGAUGGAGCACGUUGGUGCCUUCGAUGUUGACGAUUCUGCUGAUGAUCCCGUGACGUUGUUGGAAGUGCACCAUGUCGGUCGUGUUAGGUACAUCUUGGCCACGGAUCUCAGCGGGAAGCUGACGGUUUUAACCGAGAACCGGACGGUUCACGGUUCGGUUCUCCCGUCGAGUAGACCGCUUGUGUUCUUGAAGCAGAGGCUGUUGUUCCUCACCGAGUCCGGCGCAGGUUCGCUGGACUUGAGGAGCAUGAAGAUCAGAGAAACCGAGUGCGAAGGGCUGAACCAUUCCCUCGCGAGAAGCUACGUCUUCGACGCGACGGAACGGUCCAAAGCCUACGGGUUCACGUCGGAAGGGGAGAUCAUCCACGUGCUGCUCCACGGAGAUAUAAUGAACUUCAAAUGCAGAGUUAGAUCCAAGAAGAAGUUUCAAAUGGAGGAGCCGGUGGCGUUACAGUCGAUCAAAGGAUACCUACUCGUGAUCAACGAAGAGAAAGUUUUCGCCUUCAACGUAUCGACUCAGCAUUACGUGAGAACCGCCGGUCCGCGUCUCUUGUUCUCAGCUGGUUUGGAAGAGAUCAGAUCGUCUUUCUUGAGCCAUCGUCAGUCGUAUUCGAGGAAUGUGGCUGUGAAGGCGAGGCCUUUGGUAGCUAGCGACAGAGAGAAUCUUCUCGUGGUGGGUUUAGGAGACGGGUACUUCGGUGUUUACAAGUCGAAGCUCCCGAGUCUCAAAGGAGAGUUCAACACGAUGCUCUGGAGCAGUCCUGUGUUCUUCUUCAUACUGUUUCUGUUCGGAGCUUGGCAUUUUUUCGCGAAGAAGAAAGAAUCACUCACCGCGUGGGGACCGGAUGAUCCUUUUACGGCGGCCGCGGGACAGAACAGCUCUGCGAAGGAGCCGAGUUUUACUGAGCCUGCUAGAAGAAACGAUGACCUGAUGGAUCUUAGGAGGAGGUACGUUGGUGCGUCCCCGUACCGUAAUGAGCAGAGUUCGAGAGCUCCGGUGGAUGGAGGAGGGUAUAGAACAACCGCGCAGGAUCAUAAUAAUUAUCGAGGUGGGUCGGGUCUUGAUUCGAGCGGGUUUGGUAAUAGGAGAGAUAGUUUGUAUGGUAACAACAAAGUUAUGGACGACGAAAGUUAAAAAGAAAAAAAGAAGGAAGAAUCGAUCUGGACUUUUGCAACAUUUGAAUUUUGACAUGUAAGAAAGUUUUACUCUUUUGUAAUUUCUAAAGCUUUUUAAAAGUUUCCUCCUUUGUUAAUUUACAGACAUUGUCUUUUAAAUGUUUGAAUAAAUGUUAAAUUCUUUGCAAA